AUGAAGUGUUUCGUGUUGAAGAGUACCGGACUAUUCGGAGGAUUGGUGAUAACCGGUGUAAAUCGUGCAAUAUCUGAAGAGGAUUUAAGAAACCUGUGCGAACCUUUCGGAGAUUUGCACUCAAUAAAACUGUUAGAAAACCACGGGAUGACUGAGGUAAUGGCUUUGGUCGUCUUUAAAUCAGUCUUCUGCUCGCUCAGUUUCAUGAAGAGAUUCAACAGCGGUCUGUACAAGUUCCUGAUGCCCAAGGCGAUCAGUCGUCGUCUCGAUCUGAGACUGAGGAAUCAACUAAUAGAAAUCGAUGAAAGCACUACAGAGCAGAUGAACAGAAGCAACGUGAUUGCGUCUCCAAAUUACAAUUCUUCACCCGAAGACAUCUUCAAAGCAAAACCGGAAUCGUUCAAUAAGCAGAGGAGAAGACAAAUCCGUUUACGGAUACGAAUCGCAAAUUUAUUCUUCAAGCUCCUAACAUGCGUCCUCUACAUAAUUCGCGUUAUCACCGAUCUGAAUCCGACGUACGCCACAUGUUAUGGUUGUAUGCCUGGGAACAAGUCGGAAUACAUCUUAUCCGCGAACCUGACUGAGGAGAAGUUCCAGGAGAAUCCGAUAAUCAAUUGGGAUGCUAUAAUCUUCGUGAACAGACCGCUGGAAUUGUGGAUCGUGCAGGUCAUCCUCGCUGUGAUCAGUCUGACGGAAGCCUUGCUGCUCGCCUAUCUCGGCUACAAGGGCAACAUUUGGCAGCAGCUGUUGUCUUUUCAUUUCAUCUUAGAGCUAGUGAACACAAUUCCAUUUACGAUGACAAUAUUCUACCCUCCACUUCGCAACGUAUUCAUACCAGUGUUCUUGAACUGUUGGCUGGCGAAACAUUCCUUAGAAAAUAUGUUCAACGAUCUGCACAGGGCAAUGCAGAAAUCACAGUCAGCUCUCAGUCAGCAGCUGACGAUACUUUCGGCAACGCUUCUGUGCCUCGUGUUUACAAGCGUUUGCGGUAUACAGCAUUUCCAGAGAGCCGGACACCGCCACUUGAACCUGUUCCAGGCUACUUACUAUGUGGUCGUAACGUUCUCCACCGUCGGCUACGGAGAUUUCGUUCCGGAUAUUUGGCCCUCGCAACUCUACAUGGUCAUCAUGAUAUGCGUCGCUCUCAUAGUCCUACCUACACAGUUCGAGCAGUUGGCAUUCACGUGGAUGGAGAGGCAGAAAUUAGGCGGUUCGUAUUCCUCCCAUAGGGCGCAAUCGGAGAAGCACGUCGUGGUCUGCAGCACCACUCUGCAUGCAGACACUAUAAUGGAUUUCCUGAACGAGUUCUACGCCCAUCCUUUGCUGCAGGACUACUACGUCGUGCUGCUGUCGCCUAUGGAAUUGGACACGACGAUGCGGAUGAUCCUGCAGGUGCCCAUCUGGGCUCAACGCGUGAUCUACAUCCAAGGAUCAUGUCUAAAGGAUGGAGACUUGGCCAGGGCGAGGAUGAACGAAGCGGAGGCGUGUUUCGUCCUAGCUGCCAGGAAUUACGCAGACAAAACGGCCGCGGAUGAACACACGAUACUGAGGUCCUGGGCGGUGAAGGAUUUCGCGCCGAAUGUGGCGCAAUACGUGCAGAUCUUCAGGCCCGAAAAUAAGUUGCACGUCAAGUUUGCCGAGUUCGUGGUGUGCGAGGACGAAUUCAAGUAUGCCCUUUUGGCCAAUAACUGCACGUGUCCUGGAGCCUCCACCCUUGUCACCCUCCUGCUUCACACGUCGCGUGGACAGGAGGGACAGCAAUCUCAAGAGGAAUGGCACCGUUUAUACGGCCGAUGUUCCGGUAAUGAGAUUUAUCACAUAGUCUUAGGAGACAGCCGGUUUUUCGGCGAAUACGAAGGCAAGAGUUUUACCUACGCCAGCUUCCAUUCACAUCGAAAGUACGGAGUCGCUCUGGUAGGUGUCAGACCGGCGGAGCUACCCGAGUUCUACGAGGAUACGAUCCUACUCAAUCCCGGUCCCAGACACAUCAUGAAGAAGAGCGACACCUGCUACUACAUGAGCAUCACCAAGGAGGAAAAUUCCUCGUUCACGGUGGCCAACCAGCAAGUAAACAAUAAUAACACCUCGACGGAGCCGGUAAUUGUUACAGCGGAAGAAAAGAGCAACACACCAGCUAGCAAAGACGGUACCGGUCCUCCACUACUCAUACUGCAAGUCCCCACCUGUGUCACUACAUUCACCGACACCACGAACUUUGCUGCCUCGAAGCAAUGCCUGAAAGACGCUUCUCCAGGUUCCGUGACCUUGGACAUCUCCGUCACCGGUAAUCAUCUGGAUAUUCCGCGGAGUGGUGAUAAUCCCAACUUGCUGAGCCCGGAGGUCAAUCAGAGGAGGAACUCGAGAAGACCCAGCAUCCUUCCAGUACCGGACAUGAUCACCAGCUCCAGCUUGAAUAUCUCCCAAGACAUCACCGACGAAGGCGACGAGAGCGAGGACGAGUUGGAGGAUGACGUGCCCUUCCGAUCGCCCAGCGAGAAAAUUGCGUCCAGUCUCACCACUGAUUCAUCAGACUCUUCGAGACCCGCAUGGCAUGACGAUUGCGCCCGGAUCGUGAAGGGUUUCCCGCCAGUGUCGCCCUACAUCGGAGUCAGUCCGACCCUGUGCUACCUCCUGAAGGAGAAGAAACCCUUGUGCUGUUUGCAGUUGGCCCAAGUUUGCGAGCAUUGCAGCUAUAGAAACGCCAGAGAUUACCAGUGGCAGAACAAGACGAUCAUCCUUGCAGCGGAUUACGCCUCGAACGGGAUCUACAACUUCAUUAUCCCUCUGAGGGCGCACUUCCGAUCCAAAACGUCUUUGCAUCCGAUCAUCCUGCUUCUAGAACGCAGACCGGACAUAGCCUUCCUCGACGCCAUCUCUUAUUUUCCGCUCGUCUAUUGGAUGCUAGGUUCCAUCGAUUGUCUGGAUGAUUUGCUGAGGGCUGGUAUAACUUUAGCAGAAAACGUGGUCGUCGUGAAUAAGGAAUUGAGCAAUUCCGCUGAAGAAGAUUCUUUGGCUGAUUGCAAUACCAUAGUCGCCGUUCAGACCAUGUUCAAGUUUUUCCCGAGCAUCAAGAGCAUAACGGAACUCUCUCAAUCGUCCAACAUGAGAUUCAUGCAGUUCAGGGCGCACGACAAAUACGCGCUGCACCUCUCCAAAAUGGAAAAGAGGGAGAAGGAGCGCGGAUCGCACAUCUCUUACAUGUUCCGACUACCGUUCGCCGCUGGUAGCGUCUUCAGCGCCAGCAUGCUUGAUACACUGCUGUAUCAGGCCUUCGUCAAGGAUUACGUGAUCACGUUCGUCAGGCUUCUCCUGGGUAUCGACCAGGCUCCGGGGUCCGGAUUUUUAACAUCGAUGAAGAUAACGAAGGACGACAUGUGGAUCAGGACGUACGGACGGCUGUACCAGAAGCUGUGCUCAACGACUUGCGAAAUCCCUAUAGGGAUUUACCGAACCCAGGACACGUCCGUUUCGGAUUCCUCUCACCUUGACGAGGACUUUGGACCUGACCGUGUAGGUGUUACUUACCGGCCCAAGGGAGGCAGCAGCACCUGCUUAGGCUGUACAGAUAAUCGUAACUCGAUGUAUUCCAUUAACAUGGGGGAUGAAGCUCGAGAUAACCAUGAGCAGCAGAUCGAAAGGGCGGAGAUUGCGAACCUUGUUAGAUCGCGGAUGGAAAGUCUGAACCUUCCCGCAGUUGAUUACAACGACGUCAGUGAGAAGAGAAGUAGCUUAUCAUAUGUGAUCAUUAAUCCGAGCUGUGAUUUAAAAUUAGAGGAAGGAGAUAUUAUUUAUUUGGUAAGGCCUAGUCCGUUUUCCGCUCAAAAGACGUUUGAAAGGCACAACAGCAGGAGGAAAUCGAACAUAAGCUUCUGCUCACAAACCUUAGUACAGCAGAUGGCUGGAUCGCAGGCUGGUAGCAGGAGGGGCUCAGGUCUAGGUCUGAGCGGCUACCAGUCACCGCGACCUCCACCUCUGGUUACAACCAAAUCCAACUCUCUCUCGUUGCCGGAUAGUCCUACCGUCGCAGGAUACCAGCGCGGCAGAUCCAACUCUUUGCGCGUCAUCGACGACAUCCUCCUCAGGAGAUCCAACUCCUUGCGUCAAGGUUUGACCAACGUCGGCGCCGGUCGCAGGAAAAGCAGUUUAGAGGACGUCGGCCUCUCGCACUUCUCCACAAGCUACAACAGCAACAAUCCCAUCAAGAUCGCACUUAACGGCAGCAUCGGCUUAGAGGUGACGCCUCCGGAAGAGUGCAGCUCCCCGUUGAUGUCCAGCAAUACAGCACUGCUGAUUAAUCCCCCUUGUUCGGGAACUGGCAGCACCUUGAGCUUAGCCCAGAGCGGAUUGCCUCACAGUUCCAGCAGUCUGCCGCAUAGCGUGUUGGGAAUCAACGUUCCUUACGGCGACACCUGUUCCUCCUCAGUCGGUCCUUCGAUGCCCUCCAGCAGCGGCGGCGGCGGCAGCAGCUCCACCGCGGACCCCCAGCAUCUCCAGGGAACAAUCGUAUGAUACAACCUCAUGUGGGGGAGGAGGAUGAGCGGUUUCAAGAAGAAAUGGCUCUAAAGAAACCUCCUCGCCGCACACGUAGAUCACAAACUCCAUAUCUCUAGGUUCAUAGCGAAACAUGACAUAAACAUAUAAGUAUCUAUAUAUAUAUACAUACAUACAUUAUUAUAUAGUAGCUCUAGAAUCUACUAAAAAUAUGAAACCGCAUUUGGCCUUAUAUAAUAACUUUCUAUCAGAUUUUUCUAGACUGAUCUAUUUCGCUCUAAGCCAAAACGACAAAACGGUUGGCGUAGCCAAAUUUUCUAUAUAAAUUUAUUAUUAAUUAUUCAUUAUUAUUACGAUUAACGUUCUAUUUGGAUAGUGUGGAGAGGAACCGGAGAUUUAGCGAAAUUGACAUACCGUAGAUUUACCAUUACGAAAUAUUAUCAUCAUUUCGAAUUUUCGCGUAAGAAUUAUUUUCACUCGAGCAUAGAAGAAAUUCUUCCAUUCAGGCCAGUCAAAAAGAGACGCGAUUUAUCAGUAUCAUUUCUUCAGGUAUGUUGAAUGAGGGAUCAAAUAUUGUAGCAGUUAGGAUUUCGAAAACAAAAAAAAAUGAUAAUGAAAUUAGUGAAAGAAAACAUAUUUUAAGACUAAUUGGCGUAAAAAAAAUUAACUGUUUUUGUCAUUAUAACCAUUACAAAUGAUUGUUAUAAUUUUCAUAAAGAGAUACACGAAAAUACAAGGUAGACGAUUCGCUUUAUUGUAGCUUUAGAAAUGCCGUCCAGUGAAGAAGUUAAAAAAAAAAGAUAAAUACGUUCGAAUAGCGACUGAAGAGUGAAUUAUUCUGUUACUUUUUUUUUCGUUUCCAUUUAGUUUCUUCAGUGAAUCCCUUAUAUAUAUAUAAGUAAAUGAUAAUAUUUAAGAAACUAAAUAAUAGAAACAAAUAGGGUAAAGACUGUGGGUGUGGUCCAAAAGAGUAAAUAAAUUAUUAAAGAAAAUUAAACAAAAAAAAAAACUAAAAUAUAUAUAAUUGUGAGGUGAUAGCUUUUAUCACUACAUAUCUUAUUGCAAAAAGAAGAUGAAGGAAGGAAAGGGGCGCGAAUAGGUAUAUUUUUCUAGGGCGAAAGUUAAUACAGAGGAUGUUUGUCAAUAAUUGGAGCUGGAAAGAGAGAAAUGAUAAAAUAGACCAAGAAAACAGCAACAAAAAAGAAAUAGAUAAAUUUUAGUAAUUUAAUUGAAAUAUGAUAUAAGAUGCUUUGGUAAAUGCUUUAUAUUUCAUUGAGAAUCGUUGAUUCUUAGAGAAUAAUAACGAUUUGUACAUAUUAUAAUAAUAUAAGCUUAUAUACUGAACUACAUAUAAAUAUUGUUAGAAUAUUAAUUGAUUAGCGACGUGUAGCGAUUAAUUAAUUACGACUCUAUAUAGUGUACAUGGGGACUAAGUGAGGACGAAUAUAUCAACGUGUUAAGUUUCUA